ACUUUGAAAGUCAAAAACUCAAAACUCAAAGCUCAAAACAGUCAAGAGUCACCAUUUUUAUGUUCUUCUUUUGAAAUUAAGAGAGGGAGAGGGAGAGGGAGAGAGAGAAUGUGGAGAAUUGCAGGAGAGGCAUGGAAAUCACAUAUGCCUCAUCCAGCACCUCAGACAUAGCCUCAUCUCUAGGUUCCAUGGGGAGCAGCAGGCAGGUCAAGGUCAUUCCACUGCAACACCCAUACAAUUCUCCUUCUCCCUCUUCCUCUUCGUUCUUCUCAUUAUUCUUGAGGAUUCCCUCAUGGCCUAGAUAUAGGUCUUGGAUCCAAUGGGUUGAGCUCUUCUUGCCUUGUGCUCGAUGGAUUCGCAACUACAAGUGGCGAGAGUACCUGCAACUCGACCUAUCUGCUGGUCUAAGUGUUGGCAUCAUGCUCGUCCCCCAGGCGAUGUCUUAUGCAAAGCUUGCUGGACUUCAUCCAAUAUAUGGCCUUUAUUCCGGUUUCGUUCCCGUCUUUGUCUAUGCAAUAUUUGGCUCCUCACGUCAGCUGGCUAUCGGUCCUGUUGCAUUGGUUUCUCUUUUGGUCUCUAAUGUCUUGAGCAGCAUUGUUGAUUCUUCAGACGAGUUGUACACGGAACUUGCUAUAUUGCUGGCCCUUAUGGUUGGUAUAUUGGAGUCUGUUAUGGGUCUCUUGAGGUUGGGAUGGCUUAUUCGUUUCAUCAGCCAUGCAGUUAUUUCGGGCUUCACGACCUCAUCGGCCAUAGUUAUUGCCUUAUCCCAAGCGAAAUACUUCUUGGGAUACAGUGUUGACCGAAGUAGUAAAAUAAUACCAUUGAUUAGCAGUAUAAUAGCUGGAGUGGAUGAGUUCUCAUGGCCUCCUUUUGUUAUGGGUUCCAUCUUUCUUGCAAUUCUCCUUGUGAUGAAACACGUGGGAAAAUCUAAUAAGAACCUGCGGUUUAUACGAGCUUUGGGCCCUCUCACAGCAGUUGUACUGGGUACAGCUUUUGUGAAAAUAUUUCAUCCAUCUUCUAUUUCUGUGGUUGGAGAUAUACCCCAAGGCCUUCCAAAAUUUUCCAUUCCUAGAAAGUUUGGAUAUGCAAAGAAUUUGAUUGCUACAACAUUUCUAAUUACUGGAGUGGCUAUAUUGGAAUCUGUGGGAAUAGCGAAAGCCUUGGCUGCUAAAAAUGGAUAUGAGUUAGAUGCGAAUCAAGAGUUAUUCGGCCUUGGUGUAGCAAAUAUCUGUGGUUCAUUCUUCUCAGCAUACCCAACAACAGGAUCAUUUUCUAGGUCAGCUGUUAAUAAUGAAAGCGGAGCAAAGACAGGUCUAUCUGGAAUUAUUAUGGGAAUCAUUGUGGGAUGUGCCCUCCUGUUCUUGACACCUUUGUUCAGUGACAUUCCUCAGUCUGCUUUGGCGGCAAUUGUGGUCUCUGCUGUAAUGGGUCUGGUAGAUUAUGAAGAAGCUAUUUUCCUAUGGCGUGUGAACAAGAAAGAUUUCCUUCUUUGGAUUAUUACGAGCAUUACAACCCUGUUUCUAGGAAUUGAGAUCGGUGUUCUUGUUGGGGUCGGUUUCUCACUUGCAUUUGUCAUUCAUGAAUCAGCAAAUCCCCACAUUGCUGUCCUUGGGCGUCUUCCUGGCACCACUGUUUAUAGAAACAUUCGGCAAUAUCCAGAAGCAUAUACAUAUAAUGGGAUUGUGAUUGUUCGUAUAGAUGCGCCCAUUUAUUUUGCAAAUAUAAGCUAUAUCAAAGAUAGAUUGCGUGAGUAUGAAAUCAACACAGAGGGAUUUACAAAACGCGGUCCAGAAGUUGAGAAGAUCUAUUUUGCUGUCAUUGAAAUGGCCCCUGUAACAUAUAUAGACUCCAGCGGCAUUCAAGCUCUAAGAGAUCUGCAUCAUGAAUACAAAACACGUGACAUUCAGAUGGCUCUUGCAAACCCAAACCAAGAAGUUCUGCAAAGCCUGGCGAGAUCAGGUGUCCUUGAGCUGAUUGGAAAGGAAUGGUAUUUUGUGAGGGUGCAUGAUGCUGUCCAAGUUUGCCUUCAACAUGUUCAAGAACUAAAUCAGAUGCCUAAGAAGGAUGAUGCCAUGAAACCCGAUGAAAAGCUCAGGUUUGCACAGAGGAUAUGGAAACAAAGAAAAGAAAAUUUAAGUGCAGAGAGAGAGCCCCUAAUCUCUCAUAUGCCAUGAACAUGGCUCCUCUUGCUUACUGGUUGAACCUCCAAGCCAUGCAAGCCAUGCAUUUUAGUUUUGGUGGUUUACUAGCUUGGUGACAAUCAGUUGAGCAUGUAAUUAUCCGUGUAUCACCUCUGUUGUUAUUGUACUUAUUUUGCGUGUUUAAUGUUUUAGAUUUUGCCAUUCAUUCUGCAAACAAGUCCGUGCGAUUAUUCAUUUUUGGGUGCUGUAAUCUGUAUGCAAUCUCAUUCAUUUGGCAGAUAAGCCUGUUCCAUGUGAGUGUAUCGACAUUUUAUUGACAAUUAUUCCCAUAUUAUGUGCCAUUAAUGG